AUGGCUUUCGCUUGGAAAGCUGCUGGUCUUACCUACAACCGAUAUCUGGCAAUUGCCGCAAGAGUGGUCCGACGAUCCCUCAAAGAAGGACCUCGACUUCAAGCUGAGAGAAGAGGCGAGAUGGACCUAAGGUUCGCGAAGUGGCAGAACGGCAAACAGGGCGAGAACAAGAGCUUAGGAGCUGCGAAUGCGGAUGCGAUGGCCGAGCUUGCAACCCAGGAGGCAAAAUAG